AUGAGAGAGGACAUCACAAAGUCGACCUCUUCGGAGGAAGUUGGGGACGUAACUGCGUCAGUUGAAGAUUCCUUGCAAAAGAAAUCAUCGGAUAAUGAAAAUGUGUAUGAGAUCGUUGAGCCGGAACCAGUUUAUGAGAAAGCAUGGUCUAAAAAUAUGAUCAUUGUAGCAUAUGCUGUGCUAUUUUUCACUGCAUUUGUUGAAACCUUUGCAUCUGACUCUACGAAAAACUUGGAUUCCUAUGCCACUUCGAGUUUCAAUGCACACUCCUUACUUGCAACCAUCGCGGUCGUCUAUAAGAUCACUGCAAUUUGCGCAUACCCCGUCUUCGCCAAAGUUGCUGAUAUCUUAGGUAGGGGUGAAGGGUUUGGUGUAUCCAUUGUGUUUUAUACGCUAGCAUAUCUACUAUAUGCCGCUUGUCAAAAUGUGAACACUUAUGUUUGUGCCGAAAUCUUUUAUGCCCUUGGUAGAAACGGGUAUCGUGUUUUCCAGCAAAUUUUCAUUGCCGACACAACUUCUUUAGUUAACAGAGGUAUAUGGUCCCAAUUGCCGGUUGCAAUCUCAGCUAUUCCAUCAUUAUACGCGGGUUCAUAUAUUCAAGACGCAUUUUUGAAGCACUCAACUUGGAGAUGGGGGUACGGGACCUUUUGCAUUAUUCUAGCUGCUUCUGCCUUUCCACUAACAUUCAUAAUGUUGUACAUGGACAAAAGGGCAAAGAAGGCUGGCGAGAGGAAACAAAUUGCCAUAUUCAAAGACUUGCCAGAAGGUUCCUGGUACAAAAAAGCAUUGCACGUGAUGUUUGUCGAGCUGGAUUUGAUUGGAGGUGCGCUACUGCUUGCAGGAUUCGCUGUGUUCUUCGUCCCAUUGACCUUGACAGGUUCCAAAUCAUCGUACAAAUGGCAUGAACCUAGAUUGAUUGCGAUGAUUGUUGUUGGGUUUGUGAUUUUCUGCAUGUUUUUGGUAUGGAACUUUUCUUUCAAAAAGAGACCAUUCCCAACCAGAAAGCCUUUUGUUCCUGCCCAGUCCUUCGCCAAUAAAACCGUUGUAGUCAUUCUUAUUUUGAACGCACUAGAUCUUUGCGAGAACUCUUCAUUUGCAACUUAUUUCGCUACAACAUUACAAGUUGGUGGGUACUACACAGCUGGUCAGGCGUCCAGAAUUGACAAUGCGAAAAAGGUGACCGUGCAGAUUGCUUCGAUUUUAACAGGUUUGGCUAUGAAGUACACCAAACUAUCAAAAAUCUACGUCCUUGGAGGCGUUCCAUUGGUGGUCUUGGGUCAUGGGUUGCUUGUGUAUUUUAUGAACAGAAAUGGCGUCAUGGAGAGCACCAUCAGACUAAAUGUCAUGGAGAUUUUCAUUGGGUUCGGCAGAGGCAUGUACCAAUCCGCAACCCAGGUUUUAAUCCAGGCUAUUGCCGGUGUAGAAGGUAUAGCAAUGUCCACCGCCUUUUUCCUAGCUUUCCAAUCCAUUGGUUCCCUAAUAGGAAGUGCCAUUGCCGGUGGUAUUUGGAAUAGCAUCAUUCUCAGGAAGCUAGACAAGUACCUACCUCCAAAGGAGAAGAAAAAUGCCAAGAAAAUAUUCAAGUCAAUCAAGGUCGCUAUGUCGUACAAAAAACACACGCCCACAAGAGACGCAAUUUCCAGAGCAUACAGGGAAACACUCCAAAUCAUCGGAUACACUGGCCUGGGAAUCAUCGCACCUAUGCUAAUCCUGAUGUUUUUCGUGCGCGAGGUGAAAUUGACCGACAAACAUGAUGCCUACGGCAACGACGCACGUAGCGAUACAGACUCAAAUAUCGAGGGCAUCCGUACAGAUCCCGAACAAAGGCAGGAUGAGAAACCUACGUACAGCUUUAACCAGGAAAAGAGAACCUGGACUAACUUUUGGAGGGUUUAA